AUGAAAUCUUCAAGCUGGUUAGCAACUUUGAUUAGAAGUAUUGAGCGAUUAUAUCCAAGAUCUUUAUCAGAUCUUUCAUGGGAUAAUACAGGACUUUUAUUAGAAUCGCCUGUAAAAAAUCCAGAUCGAAAACGAGUUCUUUUAGCUAUAGAUCUAACUACUGCUGUUGCAGAGGAAGCACUUACAAUGUAUCCACCAGUAGGGGCUAUUAUUGCUUAUCAUCCUAUUAUUUUUAAUCCCAUCAAAUCAUUGACAUUGAGUGAUCCUCAACAAAGAACAUUACUUCGUUUAGCAGCUUCAGGAAUUAGUGUUUAUUCUCCUCAUACAGCAAUGGAUGCAGCAAUGGGUGGAAUUAAUGAUUGGUUAGCAGACGGUGUUUGGGAUAAUAAAUGUAUUGAAAGAACAGUCAUUCUCCCUUCAAAAUGUAUAGAAGGUGAUGAAAAUUUUGGUAAUAUGACUGGUAUGGGGAGGAUGAUUCGUUGGAAUGAGCCUAUUUCAAUCAGUACCUUAGUAAAAAGGAUCAAGAAACAUUUGAAAUUAACUCAAAUACGACUGGCUUUGUCGGAAAAACAUAGAAAAGAGAAAGGAAAAUGUAUAUAUAAAAUUGGAAUUUGUGCUGGUUCAGGUGGAUCUAUUCUGAGAAAUGUACAUGCGGAUGUAUUAUUUACGGGGGAACUGAGUCAUCAUGAUAUAUUACAUGCAACUGAAAAAGGAUCUUCUGUUAUUUUAUGUGGGCAUUCCAAUACAGAAAGAGGGUUUUUGUCUUGUGUAAUGAAAAAAAAACUUCAAGAUGUUCUUCAUGACGAAUUUUCUGCUAUGCAAGAUGAUCAACUGUCGUUACCAGAGGUAGUAGUGAGUGAGGCUGAUAAGGAUCCAUUGGAGGUAGUAUAAGAGUGAUCUUUUUGUUGAUUACAAAUUGAAUAUGCAAACGCUUAAUAAUGAUAUUUUGAUGUUUUAUGAAAUAUUAGAAUAAAUCUUGGCAUUAUUAAUUUUUUGUAUCUUCUUCUGUUGGUGAAUGAUUUAGAGAUUCCGAGAGUGCACCAAUAUGCUCCAAGGUUGGUCCUAACAUAUCAAUAAUAGGUUUUGCAGAUUCUGCCCCAUUUUUCAUCUAAAUUUGGUUAUUUUUCGGGGAAAAAAGUCAAACUUUUCUACUUUUUGAAUAAUAUCGGCAAUAGAAAGAAGUUUCCUAUAAUUAUCAUAAAUAAGCACCUUUUUUUCGCUUUCUAAAUUACGUAUUUCUACUAAAUUAGUGGUUGGGCUUUUUUUUGUUUAAAAACCUUUGAUCAAUGUAUUUUCCAGUUUUAAUAGUUUAUCUGGAUCAUUACGCUCGGUUUCUUUGAUAUAUUCUUCAAGAUUAAAGUUAUCUGUAUCUAAUUCUGGUAGUCGUGU